AUGGGGCGCUUCGUUCAGUUCCUUUGGUCCUCCUUGGCCUGCGGAGUGGCAUGCGUUGCUUCCGAAGACUGCGCAGGCGCGGAUUGCUCCGACGCUUCCGCGGUACUGCAGCACAAGACUAAGGCCAAGGGCCGAAGCACUCACUCUCACAGUGGGCGCGAGUGUUCCAAGCCUUAUCCCUUCAUCUGGGACAAUGACGCGAACUACGACGACACCUUGGCGCUCUUGUACCUUGCGCACAGUGAGAACCUCGAUUGGAAGGCGAUCACGAUCGAGUCGGAUGGGAUGGGAACCCCACAUGGAGGGCCCACGAACAUUGCAGCCGCGGCAAGCCUGGUUGGCUUGGGUGAUGUUCCCAUUGCCAUGGGGGGCCUCUCGAGCUUGAGCCCGAUUGCCACUAUGCCUUUGCAGUGGCGUCUUGAGACCGAUGAGUUCUUUGAGCGGAUGUUUAGAGGCGGGAUCUUGGAUGAGACCGACAGUGCAAUCGUGGACUUGACUGCGGCACAGCUGAUCGUGAAGAUCUUGACGGAGUCCGCCUGCCCCGUGGUCAUUCUAACCACAGGCCCAGCAACCAAUGUGGCAGAAGCACUGGACAUGGAUCCAUCGAUUGCAGGGAACAUCCACGGGAUCUACAUGAUGGGUUCUGCCUACGGCGUUCCAGGCACCAACAAUGUCUACGAUUGGCAAAUGACAUACAACGGUGUGAAGGGCUCCUGCACCGAAGACGGGGGCCAGACCUACACCGGCCUGUCGCCUCCACUUAACAGGAGCGGAGUGGUAAGCGCGAUUCGUCCAGAAUGCCGAGGAGUUGACAUGACUGCACACGGCGACACAGAGUGGAACGUCUUCAUGGACGUACGUGCAUGGCACAUGGUCUACGGCUUUCUGAAAGACUUGCCUGCGGAUCACGUCUAUGUCUUGGCUGCAAAUGCUACGCUGAACAUGCCGGUGACACUCGAAGAAAUGGAGGAGUAUGCAGCUAGGCGGAGCAUGCAAGCUAAAUGCAAGCUAAGAGUACUCAGAGUUGUUUUGCACGUUGCUAUCCAGUUUCAACGUCAGGCAGCAACGCUGGCGGAUCCAGGCCUCAGGAUCUUUGUCACCGAGCUGGCCAAGGCCUUCCUCGCAGCCGGAGAAGCCAAGUGGUGGGAUGCUCAGUGUGCGGUGGUGAUGGACCAAGUCUUGUCAGGGCUGAAGCAAGGUGUGUGCUCCAACUGGUUCGAGGACAAGUUGACCAGUGUAUCCCUCGUGUGGAGAUCCAAUCUUACUGAUGGUGAGCUGAACCCUUAUGGUAGCGUCUAUGACGACGCAGACGCACACGCUCCCCCGAUCGACUACUGCUUAGAUGGUAACGUAACCCAGAUGUGGGAGGUCUACUGGCCCAUGGUCAACCAGACCGGCUAG